GAGACCUUGUGUCGCGGCGUUUUCACACUCGAUAACAGGUCAAAAUGCAGAUCUUUGUGAAGACCCUGACUGGCAAGACCAUCACCCUGGAGGUGGAGCCCAGUGAUACCAUUGAGAAUGUGAAGGCCAAGAUCCAGGAUAAAGAAGGCAUCCCUCCUGACCAGCAGAGGCUCAUCUUUGCAGGCAAGCAGCUGGACGAUGGCCGCACUCUUCCUGACUACAAUAUUCAGAAAGAGUCUACUCUUCACCUGGUCCUUCAUCUGAGGGGUGGCUGUUAG